AUGGCAUACCGCAGCCAUUGUGUGGACCGCCUCGGCUUCCCUCUAUGCCCACCGAGCUUUCAGUCCUCUUCCAUGAAGCGCAAGCAGUGUGACGACUCGCAGCUCCAAGCGCUGCGGCUGAAGGCCUCCGAGAUCAUCGCCUCGGCACACGAAUCCAACGGGGAGGGCAAGGCCAAGUACAAAAAGGUGGUCAAGGACUUCAUUGAUGCCGGCGGGGCGACAGAUGAUCUCAUCGUCAGGAUCGGCACGCACUUCUUCGGAUGUCCAGUGGGCAAGUCAAGCCAAGGCCCUCUGGAGGACGCCCCGGUGGAAGGGUCAAGGGUACUAGACUUUGACUAUCUCGAGAAGUUCAUGGCAGAGUGCUUCAUGGCCUCCGGCACCCCAGAAAAGGAGUCGAAGGUGUGCGCCAAUGUGCUGAUCGAAGCUGACAAACGAGGGAUCGACAGCCAUGGCAUCGGCAGAUUGAAGUCCAUCUACAUGGACAGGAUCAAGAGCGGCAUACUGAAGCCUUUCGCGCCCAUUGACAUCAUCAAAGAGACAGAAACUACUGCCUUGAUCGAUGCCAACAUGGGCAUUGGUCUUUACGUGGGCCCCCACUGCAUGGACAUGGCAAUCACGAAGGCCAAAAAAUAUGGCCUUGGCUUCGUGGCCGUCCGGAACUCGACCCACUACGGCAUCGCCGGAUACUACGCCACCAUGGCCAGCUCGAAGGGCUGCAUCGGCUUCUGCGGCACCAACGCGCGGCCCUCCAUCGCCCCGACCUUCGGAGUGGAGCCGUGUCUGGGAACCAACCCCCUCUGCUUUGGGAUCCCGACAGACGAGGCCUUUCCCUUCGUGAUCGACUGUGCUACUUCCAUCUGCCAGCGCGGCAAGAUAGAGAAGUACGCCCGAAGUGGCAAGCCCACGCCGAAAGGCAUGGUCGUCGACUCCAGCGGAGAGGAGCGGACGGACACCGAAGGCAUUCUCAAAGGCAUGGUUAAGGGCGACUGUGCGCUGUGCCCCAUCGGAGGUGGUGGCGACGAGCUUGGUGGCUACAAAGGCUACUCCUGGGCCACCGUCGUAGAGCUCCUCAGCAUCGCCUUCCAGGGAGGUGACUUUGGACGAGCACUUUCGGGAGUUGGCCCGGACGGCAAGCCGUCGCCCAUGUCCUUGGGACAUUUCUUCCUGGCCAUCAACGUCGAGGCGGUCUGCGACCUCGAUGCCUUCAAGAAGAAGAGUGGCGACCUACUAAGGUACCUUCGAGGCUCCGCGAAGGAUCCGAAUGGCCCGGGGCGUAUUUGGACGGCUGGCGAGGCGGAGUACGACUACAGGAAUAAACGCACGGCCAAUGGCGGCGUCAUGGUACCGCCCGCAUUGCUGAAAGACAUGAAGUCUCUGAGAGAAUACCUACCUGGCUUGCAGGAAAAGUAUCCCAAGUUUUGUUUUGAGGAGUGA